AUUUUAUUUAAUUUUUAAAAAAAUUUAACUCUCAAAAGGGAAAUCCAAAUCGCUGUCAGUCGCAAUUGAUAAUGACAUCGGAAGUACCGUGAGCACUGAGUAGGGGAGUCGUGUGGGUUUUGUACUUCUGAAAUCUGAAAAUUCGAGCGAUGUGUGAUCAUGUGAACACCGAAGAAACAGAAAUUACAAGAAGAGGAAGCUCGAAUUCAGACGGGUCUUCAGAUCUGGAAGCGCAAGGAAAGGCAGAGGAAGAGUAGAGGUUGAGAAAUUGUUUGCGAAUGGAGAAGCCAUCUUGGGUUGCCACUGUGCUUACUCAGGUGGGUCUCUGCUUUGCCAUGUUCCUUGCCUUCAACUUGGGUAAGCGUGAUGAUGGUGAGCCUAUGUGGUCCACCAAAAAGCAUCGUGAUCUUUACUUUCUCAGUGUUAGGGGAGGUUUCAGACCUCUUGAACAACAGAACCAACUGCUCGAACAGAUGGAGAAGGUGGCAAAAUUGUUCAAGGCAAAGUUUGUUGUGAACACUAGUGAACUUGGGGAAGAUGAUCCACUUAUGCAAAAUGGCACUGGGCAUUUUCCGUCUUUGAACAUUCCCUGGUACACAACCAGUGUUUCAAAAGGACAAACAGGGGCUUACUUCUUGAAGAAGAUUAGAGUUCGUUAUGGGAAAACCAUGGACAUCAUUUUGUUGGAUACAGGGUCAUUUCAGGAUCCUUCAAGUGGUCGCAGAAUUGAUCUGUUACUUUGGCUUAUAAGAGCACUGGAAAGAAGCAUGAGCAAGUGGUGCAUUAUUGUGGGGUUCCAUUCAUUGGCAGCUUGUGAUGAGCAUAAGGAUCAAAUGGAGACAAAACCAUUUUAUGAGCUUCUGCACAAUGUAUUCCUGAAAUUUAGAGUGAAUGCAUACCUGAGUGGGCAGGAAUGUACUAACCGCAGCCAUGGAGGGACUGUACCUUACAUUAGGUACCCAAGUCCGCUGGACAAAGAACCUCUUGCUCAUAAUUAUGACCUUCUCUUUGAAUCCUUCAGUGAAAUGGUUAGUGGGUUCCUUCUUCACAGAGUCAGCCGUCUGGACAUUAUGACCUACUUUAUCAGCUCAAGUGGGCAAGUCAUUCAGAGAAAGUUUCUCCAGGCCUGAGGCAGAGAGGUUAUGUAAAAUUGUAAUUGAGACUGCAUGUUCAAGCUGCCUUGUUUUGGUUUUCUUGGCCAGUGCAUGAUUCUACCAUAGCAGUUUGUAAAUUAUAUUGAAUCUAGCUUAAGUUUUUACCGUAUCCUGCUAGUGAGUAUUUGGUAAUAGAAGUUAUACUUCUGAAUCCUUAAAAA